AAAAGCUUCAAGACAAAACAGAACAUGUACAGAGAGAAAGAAGGGCUUGGCUUUGGUAGAUUCUUCUUUCUUUUCUUACCUCACCAUAAAAUGGUUUUCUUUGAUAAAAACAUCAAAAUCCGAAUUGUGUUCACAGCGUUCAAAGCUUUGUGUCGUCCACAAAUGAAAAAAAGGAGAAUGUUCAAAGCUAAAUAUAAUGGGAAGAUUGAUCCAACAGUCGUUCAUCCAUCCAUUGCUCUUCUGCAAGAAAGGUUCAGACAGUUGGAGAGAGCCAAGGAGAGGAGGCAGGAGAAAGAGCUCUUACGGAUGUUGCCUGAAUCAAGAGAAGCCAGUAUGCAGAGCAUGAAUACCCAGGUUCAGGCCAUUCAAACUCCACUAUUGGAGAAUUUAUGGUCCAGAGACGCUGUCACAUGCACAACUUACCAUGAUGAUAUUUCAGAUGUUGAUACUUCAUUUGUGAAAAAGUAUUACAAUGUUAGUCUACCUAGUAAUCCUGUGGUUUCCUUCCGUUUCUUCUUCACGGGGCAAUAAGAAUACGAGAAGGAAAAAGAGCUAAAGAAAAAGAAAACAGAAUAUGCAAUGUAGCUAAUGGCCAUUAUCUUAUGUAUCUUCAGAACUACAUAGUUAUCAGAAAGGCAAUUCUCUUAUCUCUUCUGAAAUGCAUUCUCAUCAUAGGUAAUGUUAUCUAAUUUGUCACCGUUCCCUUUCCUCUUCUUGAUUUUGGGAAUCAAUCGAGUUACAUCUUUGGCCUCUAACAUUGCUUCCCCGUUGUUUAUCUACUCAGAACGAACAGCACUGACCUUUCGGGCAUUUGCAGCUAAU